ACAGAAAAAAUAACUUACAGUACUUAUGUAUUUCAGAUAUGAAGGGUAAACACUCUGAAGACUUUUGUAUACUUAAGCAUUCCAACAGAGUGUGUAUCUUGACAAUUGCUGCAAGUCAUCCAAUCAUAAGAGAUAGGAAAACAGUUACAAAUGUGGAUUUUCAAGUAACUCCCAAAAUGAAUCGAUUAGACAACAAAGUUUCAGGGAAGUCAAAAAAAGGGGGUCAGUGGCUGAACCCAUCAUCACCCCUAUGUUGCAUAACGUGUGAAGAUGAGACUAAGUUUACCAUGUACAGUUGCAUACGUGGAAAGCUUGCCGAAGUCAAUGAGAAACUAAUAGCAUCUCCGAACCUUCUAAAAGAAAAGUACACUCAUGCUCCUAUCUCUUAUACACAUCUAGAUGUGUAUAAGAGACAGCUCUUCCUCCUUCACCAACCAAUGCUUUCGCAGAUCGACAACGUAAUCGUCACCCAUCUCAAGUUCCACGUCACGCAGGAGUUUGCGAGCUGGCUUGUCUGUGUCCAUCAAUUCACGCUUUUUUCUGACAGCUUCUGGGAUGCAUGGUGGUCUGACCUUUGA